AUGAAAUCAAAAAUUUCAGGAUUGUUGCUCGUAGCAACACUCUCUCUUCUUGGAUUAGUAAUCCACGGCUUUGUGCCACACCGCCCGUAUGGGUCACCACCACCGUCUGACUAUUGGUCGGCUCAUGACAAGGUUCCCGACCAUGACCGCCCAUCUGACCACUCAUCUGACACGAAUCUCCAACGCUACCGUAAUCCACGUGAUCCUAAUGCCCGCCUCUCCACGAUCUCUCCAUCCGAUGACUCCGCCAAUCACUACCGCAUCCGUCGAGCUUCCAAUGACGCCUUCUCCACCGCCGUCGAUAAGAUGCUCAAAAUAUCUCGAGUCAUCAACGGCAUUGCUCUCCAACAAGAUAUCACUAAUGGCACCGUCAAACCGGAUGUCGUUAUCAAAGAGCUCCUCGAUCUGUCACAAUUGGAUUUCGGAAAUCUGGAGGAGAUGAGCAAAGUGGUCGAGGCGAUUCAAGGACUUCCGGAGGCACUGAGCAAGGACAAGAAACAGGCUGAGCGGAUUGAGAAAAAAUUCCGACUGUUUGAUCUCAUGUUGGAAACGACGAAAGGAGCCGGAGACAAGGUGGCACUUCCUGACAAGGAUGCAUAUUCGGGAGAGAUCACGGCUUUAAAACAGAAGAAAGUCUCGUUGUCGGCCUUCAAAGAUAUAAAUGAAAAACUAACGGGAAUGGCUGAUAAGUUGACUGAUUUGCUCGACUCCAAACAGAUUGAUAAAACUAGUGCAGCCAAGCGUUUCUCUGAUUUUAAAUAUUAUCACUCGCAAUUGAAAAGCGAAGAUAUCACCACACUUGUUACCUCCAUCGAUUCUCCCCAAUUGCGGAAGAACAUGUUCGAACCACUCGGCAAAAUCCAGCAGGCUUUGGAGACAUACAAAGCAAACAUAGUUCUCUUCACCAACGCCGAUGCUGAUGAUGCUGGACCUACUGGAAUUCUGAAAGGGUACCUGGAGCAGCUGGACACAAUUCGAAAGAAAUCUGUGAAAGUUUUGGGUCCGUUGAAGACGUUGGACAAGGUUAUUCGUUCGGCAAGUCGUCAGGUCAGUGGAGAUAGACAGUUGGACCAGAUUUCUGGAUUUCCGAAUGGCUUCUCUGAUAUCGUAUCGAUUCCAAACGAUUUGAGAGAUCCGUGGGUGAAGGAGGCUGUUGAUGGUCAGUCGGACGCUCUCGUCAAGGCCAUGGAGGAUUUGAAGAUCAUUGCUGAGAAGACACGUCUUAUUUCUGGAUCUCUGAAAUCGGGGGCUGGAUUCUCUUCUCUUAUGGAUGGUGUUAUUGAAAGUGCGACUGCCUUAUCUGCUAUCCCGGAUACAUUCGAACCACUGGCAUCGAAUCUGUUGAAACCCAAAUUGAAGGUUCUCCUCGAUGAAGUUACACCUCCAAAUGCCGAAGCUUUCGCUUCUCUUUAUUCAAAUAUCACAAGUCUCACAAUGAAGUUGGUUGCGAUGGAUGAUGUGCUAACUGUUGUGUCAAUUCUCCGAUCCAAAGAAUAUGUCGAAAAGUUGGAGGCGAUGGAGAAGCUCAUGACGGAUGGUACAGAUGGCGAAGUAACUCAAAGGUUGACUGAACUAAGAAAAAACGAGGGGGCGAAGGAUGUGAACAAGCUGUUGAUGGGUCUCAAGGAAUCGCUGACUGUUCUAAAAGACCCGGUUACGAUCAAUGGUGAAUUGGAAAAGAUUGAGCAAAAUUUCGGUGAGAUCGACACAUUCGUGGCAAAACCAUCAUACUUUCUGAGCUUGCUGUCUAACUUGAGGAAGAUUGAAGGGGUGGGUCAGAUCAAGACGGCGCUGGAUGCACUCGAUCAGUACAGAGGAUACAAACAUGACUUUGGAAACUUCGGUCAGCUGAAAAAUCAUGUGAACGAAGCGACGAAAAGUUUGGAGAGCCUGAGUAAGUCUUUUGAUGCAAUGAAGGGAGCCAAGAAUCCUGAAUCGAAAUCCUUGGUGCAGUCGGCUGAUGUCUGGAAGGACUCUCAAACCAUUGGAUCGGCGACUCGUGUGUUCCGAGGGAUCAAACUGAUGUCGGAAUGGAAUAAGGAUGUGAUGAAUCCAGCGGCCAAGGCUUUGAUAACAGCGAACUCAGGGAAGAUGACUCAAGAAGAUCAGAAGAAUCUGAAGCUGUUGGACACGUUGGAUGCUGAGCUGAAAAAGUUGAAGACUGGACUCACAGCCAUCUCAGCGGAUCCAGUGGCAUCCAAGACUGAUUCCAACCUGACCAGUUUCUCCCCAGUCUACUCAUUGGCUGGCAAGACGAAUGGUGUCAAAUACGACUUUAAGGCCAUGUCGGAUUCAGUGGAUAGACUGACGAAGAGUCUGAACAACGACAAAGAUCUGUUGGGUGUGAAGUCAAAGUUGGAUACGUUGGAUUCAAUGGGUCUUGACUUCGCGAAACAUCACUCAGCGAUCUCUGGUGUCGAGAAGUCUCUGGAAAACUUGGAUAAGCUUUUUGCCUCGUUGGUUGAAGUAGUGGUGGUUAAUAAUGGAUUGGGAGCUGGAGGUUCAGCUGGAUCGGGAACUGGAUCGGGAACUGGAUCGGGAGCUGGAGCUGGAGAUGGAGGUGGUGCCAAAGAAGAACAGUCUAAAACAAUGUCCUAUCUUCUCUAUGCACUUAUCGUUGUAGUCAUUAUAUUGUUCAUAGUAGUUAUAGUAUUACUCGUGCGGAAAAGAAAUCAAAAGGAUCAACACAGUGAUUGCAAAGUGAUUAUCCCCCCUUCCUUAUUCGAGUACUACGUCAGCAACUUCUUUUUCCGUUACACGAUAUUCGGUGCUCUCUACUCUUCCGUUAUGGGAACAGCCGCUGCACUCAAGCUCUUUUUCCUGAAUCUCUAUACGGGUGACGCGGCGCAACCGCAGACAAAGAGUCUUCAUGAUCAUCAGCCGAUAGAGAUUCCGUACCGAAGAGCCGACGUACCACUCGCCUUGAAAGGGAGAUUGCAGGUGGAAAACUAUCAAACUUACAACUUUGAAACUGGUUACAUCCAUGGAAAUGUGAUAGAGUACCCCAAUAAACUCCGUGUCGCUAUCACUCAAGCUCCACACAUGGCUGAUAAGAAGUUGGGACGGAAAGAGAAUAUUGGUAUGUACUAUGCCGCUGCUAUGGAGCAACAGUGCAAGCUUAUGAUAUGUCUGGCACCGACUGGAGGGGACCAAUGUGCUCAAUACUUUCCGGCUGAAAAGGGUGCCAAGUUGAAGUUUAUGGAUGGAAAACUUGUGAUCACUUGCAAGAAGGUGGAGAACAAGUGGGAUGGAGCAGUGGUUAGAAAAUUGGAAGUCAAGUUUGAAGGCAGAAAGUCCUUCUCCAUGAACCAUAUUCAAUAUGAAAAAUGGACCGGCAAAGUGCUUCCCAAAAAACGAGAGGCUCUCAACCAGAUUCUCAGUAAAAUGGAGAACUCGGCGUUCCCUGUCUUUAUUCACUGCACUGAUGGACUCCACCAGUCUGCUGUUCUGGCUCAAGUACUCAUGAAUAAGGAGCAGCUGUCUACAAAGAAGGAACUGGACUAUGGUCUAUCGUUGCAGGAAUUGAGGAAUUAUAGAGUUGAUGCUAUCACUUCGGGUGAAGAGUAUUUGGAGGCUGCGAUUCUGACUUUUGAGUAUUUGCAUUAUAAGAUCCAAGAGGACAUUGCUGCGAUUGAUGCUGGUAAAACCGAUGGAGACGUGAUUCAAAUUGAUAAAAUCGUGGCCUACAAUCAGAAAAUCAAUAUGAAGACUGGGGCGCCGCCAGAAGUGAAAGAGGAACCGAAGCCAGAGGAGAAGAAGGAUGAAGCGGAGGAGGAUGUGUCGCCCGUGUCAGGGGAAGAUAAUGCUGGAAGUGAGACAAUGCUUGCGGCCAACGCCGAGGAGAUAAAGGCAAAGAAGGAGGAGAAAAGGGCAAGGAGAGCAGAGGAAAGAGAGGAGGAAAGGAGAAAGAAGGCUGAAGAGAGAAGAGCAAAGAAACGGAAAGAUGAUGAAAAAAGGGCGGUGGAACUUACUGAGGAGAAGGUGAAGCCACUUUUGCUGAAGAUUCAAAAACUGGAAGAGGAGAACAAGAAGUUGUGUGAAAAGGACAAGGAGGCACACGAUGAACAUGAGAAGAAAAGAAAGAAUGCUGCUGUUCAGAGAGAUAAGAAAGAUAAGAGAAAGAAGCAGAGAAAACAUAACCAGAAAAAACGCAGUGGAUCUAAACAAUCAAAGGGUAGCUCGCAAAUUCUACCACCAGAACCAUCAAAAACGACAAGUGUCCACCAGAAACCUGACCAACUGCUAGAUGCUACUCAAGAGGAGCCGGCACCGGAUGCAGCACCAAACGUUGAGGACAACAUGAAGACUGCUGGUGAAUAG